AUGCUGGCCGCUCGCCCACCCCACUGGGGGCCCCACCGCGCCCCAGCCUCCCGUGGGCCCCGCACCAGCCCCGACCCGGGUCUCAGCGGCGGUGGCAGCCGAGGUGCAGGAUGCGAGAAGGCGCCCCCCGGCCGGGCUCCCGCUCCAGGCCUCGCUCCCCUGCGGCCCUCUGAGCCCACCAUGGCCGUCCCACCGGGCCAUGGUCCCUUCUCUGGCUUCCCAGGGCCCCAGGAACACACACAGGUAUUGCCUAAUGUGCGGCUCUUGCCGAGGAGGCUUCCUCUGGCCUUCCGGGAUGCCACCACGGCCCCAUUGCGCAAGCUCUCCGUGGACCUCAUCAAGACCUACAAGCACAUCAAUGAGGUCUACUAUGCAAAGAAGAAGCGGCGGGCCCAGCAGGCUCCUCCUCAGGACUCCAGCACCAAGAAGGAGAAGAAGGUCCUGAACCACGGUUAUGACGAUGACAACCAUGACUACAUAGUGCGCAGUGGCGAGCGCUGGCUGGAGCGUUAUGAGAUUGACUCCCUCAUUGGCAAAGGCUCCUUUGGCCAGGUGGUGAAAGCCUAUGAUCAUCAGACCCAGGAGCUGGUGGCCAUCAAAAUCAUCAAGAACAAAAAGGCCUUCCUGAACCAGGCCCAGAUUGAGCUGCGGCUGCUGGAGCUGAUGAACCAGCACGACACUGAGAUGAAGUACUACAUAGUGCACCUGAAGCGGCACUUCAUGUUCCGGAACCACCUGUGCCUGGUGUUCGAACUGCUUUCCUACAACCUGUAUGACCUUCUGCGCAACACGCAUUUCCGGGGUGUUUCACUGAACCUGACGCGGAAGUUGGCGCAGCAGCUCUGCACGGCGCUUCUCUUCCUGGCCACGCCCGAGCUUAGCAUCAUUCACUGCGACCUCAAGCCGGAGAACAUCCUGCUCUGCAACCCCAAGCGCAGUGCCAUCAAGAUCGUGGACUUUGGCAGUUCCUGCCAGCUCGGCCAGCGGAUUUACCAGUACAUCCAGAGCCGCUUCUACCGGUCACCCGAGGUGCUCCUGGGCACGCCCUAUGACCUGGCCAUUGACAUGUGGUCCCUGGGCUGCAUCCUGGUGGAGAUGCACACUGGAGAGCCCCUUUUUAGUGGCUCCAAUGAGGUGGACCAAAUGAAUCGGAUUGUGGAGGUGUUGGGCAUCCCACCAGCCCCCAUGCUAGACCAGGCACCCAAGGCUCGAAAGUACUUUGAACGGCUGCCUGGGGGUGGCUGGACCCUACGGAGGACAAAGGAACUCAGGAAGGACCUGGUGCUGCGCAUGCUGGAGUAUGAGCCCGCCGCCCGCAUCAGCCCACUCGGGGCUCUGCAGCACGGCUUCUUCCGCCGCACGGCAGAUGAGGCCACCAACACGGGCCCGGCAGGCGGCAGUGCCUCCACCUCGCCCUCCCCCCUCGACACCUGCCCCUCCUCCAGCACCGCCAGCUCCAUCUCCAGCUCUGGAGGCUCCAGUGGCUCCUCCAAUGACAACCGGUUCUACCGCUACAGCAACCGAUAUUGUGGGGGCCCUGCGCCCUCCAUCACUGACUGUGAGAUGAACAGCCCCAAGGUCCCACUCUCCCAGCCGAUACGCCCCUGGGCAGGCGGUGAUGUACCCCACAAGACACAUCAAGCCCCUGCCUCUGCAUCAUCACUGCCAGGGGCUGGCACCCAGUUACCCCCCAAGCCCCGAUGCCUUGGCCGUCCUCCAUCACCAACCUCACCACCACCUCCAGAGCUGAUGGAUGUGAGCCUGGUGGGCGGCCUUCCUGACUGCUCUCCACUCCAUCCAGCGCCUGCCCCCCAGCACUCGGCUGCCUCAGCCCUCCGGACUCGGAUGACAGGAGGUCGUCCACCCCUGCCACCCCCUGAUGACCCUGCCACUCUGGGGCCUCGCUUGGGCCUUCGUGGUGUACCCCAGAGCACCGCAGCCAGCUCAUGA